GGCGCCCUCUGGUCCUCCGACUGUAGCGCCCCCUGAGGGCGGGAGGUCGCCUUUGUACAUCCUAUAGCGGAGCAUGAUAGACCACUCCUUGUAAAUGCAAUAGAAACCAAAGAUCCUCUAGCGGAGCAAGAUGGUCAACUCACACGGAGGUUUCACGGCAGUCGGGUCACGACCCAUGACCCGUACUGUUGCUAUGCUACACCAACUGGAGUACACGCGAUGAACUGCAGGGUUUAGAAGCCGUUGCUGUGGACGGACAGACGGGGACAUGAGCGGCGAUUGAGGGCGGCCAGGGUGCCGGUGAGCCCCCCCAUCUGCUCGGUGUGCGGGCUGAGCUUCGGUGGAGGACCACAUGACGGAGCACAACAAUGAGAAGCGUUAUGAGUGUGACGUGUGUGGCAAGGCCUGGCAGUACGCGAGUCACCUGGAGAUCCACCGUCGGGUGCACACGGGAGAACGCCCCUUCGACUGCUUCCACUGCGGCAACAAGUUCAAGAGGGCGCAAGAUCUGAAGAACCACCGGCGGGUGCAUACGGGCGAGAAGCCCUAUGGCUGCUCCACCUGCGGCAAGAGCUUUGCCCGGUUGUCGGGGCUGCGGGUGCACUGGCGGGUGCACACCAGUGAGCGGCCCUUCACCAGUGAGCAGCCCUUCACCAGUGAGCGGCCCUUCAACUGCUCCCACUGCGGCAAAUACUUCCAGUCGUCGCAGGACCUGAAAGUGCACGGGUGCCUGUACAACGGAAAGCGGCCCUACACCUGCAGCGACUGCGGCAAGGGCUUCACCCGCACCGACAGGCUGCUGGAGCACCAGCACACCCACACCGGUGAGCGCCCCUUCACCUGCGCCCAGUGCGGCAAGGGCUACACCCGCUCCGACAGCCUGCUGGAGCACCAGCGCACCCACACCGGUGAGCACCCCUACACCUGCGCCCAGUGCGGCAAGGGCUACCACCGCUUACACAGGCUGCUGUCCCACCUGCGGGUGCACGCCGGCGACUGUGCCUUACCCAGCCCGGUGUGUCGAGCGCGCAUUGCCAUUGCCUCCCAUGCCCUGUCUCACCAGCACGUGCACACCAGUGGCCAGCCCGACGACAGCCUGCGGUGAGGCGUUUGACAGCUCGCGGGGGUUGCGGGCCCAUGCCAGUGACCAGCUCCUCCCACUGCGGCAAGCGUUUCAAAAGAGCACGGGGGCUGCGGGAGCACCAGCGGAUACACAGCAGAGAGGGACACAUUGAGUGCCCUGAUUGUGGCAUGGGUUUCACCCGCAUGUCCAGCCUGUAGCAGCACCGGCGUAUCCACAGUGGUGAGCGUCUCUCCCUGCUGUGGAUAGGGGCUGUUUUAGCUCUGCAUUCAACACCCUUGUGCCAGAGCUACGACACUCCAAACUUUCCAAGUUGACUGUGCCUGAACCCCUCCGUCGGUAGAUCACCAGCUUGCUGACAAACAGGAAGCAGCAUGUGAGGCUGGGAAAGCACAUCCCUCAGCAUAGGAGCACCGCAAGGCUGCGUACCCUCCCCUCCCCUCUACUCUCUCUACGCCAAUGACUGCACCUCCACUGACUCCUCUGUCAAGCUUCAAGUUUGCGGACGACACAACCCUGAUCGGACUGAUCCAGAAUGGGGAGGAAGCUGCCUACAGACAGGAAGUAACACACUGCUGGCCUGGUGCCAUCAAAACAACCGGGAGCUCUGCUCUUGAGACAGUGUAGUUGUUUGUAGACUUUAGGAGAGCUCCUCUUCCACUCACCCCACUCAUUAUCACCAACAGUCACACAGUCACAUCUGUGGAGUAUUUUAAGUUCCUACGGACCAUCAUCUCCAAGGACAAUUGGGGGGCGACCAUCGAUUUACAGUCAAAAAGGCACAACAGAGGAUGUACUUUCUGCGGCAGCUGAGGAAGCACAAUCUGCCACAGGCAAUAAUGGUCCAAUUCUAUACGGCCAUCAUAGAGUCUGUCCUCACCUUCUCCAUCACGGUCUGGUUUGGCUCAGCCACCAAGCACGACAUCCAGAGGCUGCAGCGAAUCGUACGAUCAGCUGAGAAGGGUAUUGGCUGCAACCAUCCCUCCAUUGACCAACUGUACGCUGCAAGGGCCAGGAAGCGAGCGGGUAAGAUCAUUUCUGACCCCUCUCACCCUGGCCACAAAUUAUUUGAAGCACUUCCCUCUGGAAGGCAACUCCGGACUGUCGAAGCUGCCACAGCCAGACAUAAAAACAGCUUUUAUCCACGAGCAGUAGCUCUACUCAAUAACCAACAAUCUGUAGCCUCCUUUUGCUCUGGUAUUUUAUUUAAUUGACAUGUUUAAUCGAUAAUGUUUUGUUAUUAAUAUUUUUUAUGUCAUUCCUAGCUGUCACUGUAUGUCAUGUCACUUGCGGUUGGAGCACCGAGGCAAAUUCCUUGUAUGUGAAUACUUGGCCAAUAAACAUAUUCAUUCAUUCAUUUCAAAUGCUGGAAAAAAUGGGUAACGUUUUGGGUCGAGACCCUCUGCAGUCUUGAUCGGAAAAGUCACCCAUUCCUUCUCUCCAGAGGUGCUUCCUGAGUUACACCAGCAUCUUGUGUCUGUUUUUGCAUCUGCAAUUCCUUGUUUUUAAUCUAUUCUGAUGAACCAUCUCUGCACCUUCCCCAAAGCCUCCACAUCAGUCCUGUAAUGGAGUGACCAGAACUGCAUGCAAUACUCUAAAUGCUACCUGACCAUUGUCCUUUAAAGCUUCACAUAUACAUUAAUCACAUCUGAUCUCACUCCCUUUUAUCUCCUUAUUUUCUCUCGCCUCCGUCACUUCACUCAUCUGCCAAUCACCCCGCCAUCUGUUGACAGUGUCAGUCUGAAGGAUCCCGACCCAAACUGUCAUCUAUCCAUGUUCUCCACAGAUGCUGCCUGACCCACUGAGUCAGUCCAGUACUCUGUGAAAUGUCACCUAUCCAUUUUCUCCACGGUUGCUGCCUGACCCGCUGAGUCACUCCAGUACUCUGUGAAACGUCACCUAUCCAUUUUCUCCAUGGAUGCUGCCUGACCGACCGAGCUACUGCAGGACUUCGUGUUAGAGUCAAGUAGUACAGUGUGGAAACAAGGGCUAUUGCUCGUUUACCCACUGGAGCCAAGUUGUAUUUCAAUGAAAUAAAUGUCUUUUUUAAGCAAAAAUUAAAAAAUACAGAUUGGCCCCCAAAUAAUCAGUGUCAACCGGGCAGCUCCACCAGCACUGGCUGCCUCGCCAACAGUCUGUCCCUUCUGUUUUUAAUUUGUUAAGUAUGUUUCAAAAGUAUGUUGUAGAGUUUCUAGGUUUGUUUUAGAAACAUAGAAACAUAGAAAUUAGGUGCAGGAGUAGGCAUUCGGCCCUUCGAGCCUGCACCGCCAUUCAAUAUGAUCAUGGCUGAUCAUCCAACUCAGUAUCCCGUACCUGCCUUCUCUCCAUACCCUCUGAUCCCCUUAGCCACAAGGGCCACAUCUAACUCCCUCUUAAAUAUAGCCAAUGAACUGGCCUCGACUACCCUCUGCGGCAGAGAGUUCCAGAGAUUCAGCACUCUCUGUGUGAAAAAAGUUCUUCUCAUCUCGGUUUUAAAGGAUUUCCCCCUUAUCCUUAAGCUGUGACCCCUUGUCCUGGACUUCCCCAACAUCGGGAGCAAUCUUCCUGCAUCUAGCCUGUCCAACCCCUUAAGAAUUUUGUACGUUUCUAUAAGAUCCCCUCUCAAUCUCCUAAAUUCUAGAGAGUAUAAACCAAGUCUAUCCAGUCUUUCUUCAUAAGACAGUCCUGACAUCCCAGGAAUCAGUCUGGUGAACCUUCUCCGCACUCCCUCUAUGGCAAUAAUGUCCUUCCUCAGAUUUGGAGACCUAAACUGUAUGCAAUACUCCAGGUGUGGUCUCACCAAGACCCUGUACAACUGCAGUAGAACCUCCCUGCUCCUAUACUCAAAUCCUUUUAUGUGGGGAUUGGGAGGGGGGGGGAUGGGUGAAUUGGGGAAACUUUUAUUCAGUUACUUACCUCGAUGGAGAAGCAAUUUUUCUCCUUUCCCGAGGAUCGUCCGUGAGGAGCUUCAAUAGUGAAGCCUUCUCCCCAUAUCCCUUGAUUCCACUAGCCCCAUAGAGCUCUAUCUAAUGCUCGCUUACAUCCAUCCCGUGAUUUGGCCUCCACUGCCCUCUGUGGCAGGGAAUUCCACAAAUUCACAACUCUGCAGCGUGAAAAAGUUUUUUUCUCACCUCAGUCUUAAAUGGCCUCCCCUUUAUUGUAAGACUGUGGCCCCUGGUUCUGGACUCGCCCAACAUUGGGAACAUUUUUCCUGCAUCUAGCUUGUCCAGUCCUUUUAUCUAUAUUACUAAAAGUCUGAUCUUGACCGCUUUUGGCCUACUGUGCUGUGAUUUCCAAGAGAACGCCGCCACCUACGGCCGUCAUUUUUGGCCACCUCGAUCAAAGGUGCCUUCCUGGACCAGAGUAUUGUUCCCAUCGAUGAAAAAUCAGAGAGAAAUUAAUGUUUUUAAAAUAAAUCACCAUUCUCUCUGCUGCCCCUGCUAGAGGGAGGGGGAGGGACUAUAAAACCAGGAAGUGGUGUGCCUCACUCAGUCUCUUCAAGAUGGAGGUCACUCUCUCUCUCCCCCUCUCUCUCUCUC